AUGAGGAAAGAAGGAGCGCCGCCGCCAUCUACUCUCAAUCCCGUCGGCAAGCUCUUCCUCUGCUUCGAGACCAAGACAUUCCUCACCGUCCUUUUUUCCCUUACCCUCGUCGCCGUCGUCUGGAACCUCCAGCCUUACUACGAGACCGUUUUUCUCUCCUCCACCGCCACCGCCACCACCACUCCCCCUUGUUCCUCCUCGGUCCCCGCCGCCACAGAAUCUCUCCCCGUCAGAUCCGCCGAUGUAAACCCUCUAGCCGAGGAGAAGCUUACGGAGACCAAAAUCCGGUACUAUCACUACCACAACUCCAUCACCGUCCCGGGAGAGCUCUGCCGCCAGCUGCUCCCGCCUGCCGCAAAAAACGCCACCACCUGGCUCGACAAGGUCCCCUACAUUUACGACGACACCAUGAACAGACUCGCCCCCCUCGUCAAGAAAUUCGAAUACCAAACAAUAGGAGUUGGUUCCCAGUGA